GUUGGUUGAUAAGAGAGUAUUAAAUAUUGUUCAAAGCUCAAUUGACUGUUUCAUCGUUAACUCCGGGCUGGGCUCGGCUUGCUUUGGCUGAGGGUGGCCCUGUACCGCAUCAAAUCGUGAACCAAUCGGAUGCUUGCCAGCCACGUAAACAAUAGCAUACAGCGUAUCACUUAAGGGGGUAUCACUUAAGAGCGAUACAUUUGCAUUGGCAAAAUUACCUGCUGGCCUGAUAAGAUGCAUUAAAACAACCUCAACUCUGCUUUUUUUGCAGGCGCCACCUGUGGAUGAGUGCGCGAGCCCCCAAUUCAAGAUGCCGACUGUUAGUUUUAGGCAGCAGUGCAAUGGAUGAGUCAACAGCGAUACAAACAGAUGCCAAUUCUCUGCGAAAGGCCGUCCACCUGAGUCGUCUGCGUCUGACUCGGCUGCUUCUGGAGGGAGGGGCCGACGUAAACGAGAGCAAUGAACAUGGCGAGACACCGCUGAUGGUGGCCUGCAUGACACGUCACUCAGAUGCACAGAGUGUGCCCAAACACAAAAUGGUCCAGUAUCUCCUGGAAAAUGGUGCAGAUCCAAACAUUCAAGACAAGAGCGGGAAAACUGCCUUGAUGAAUGCGUGCCUUGGACAGGAUGGAACUGAAGUCCUCUCCCUCCUGCUGAGCAGUGGUGCUGAUCCAACUCUGGAGGACCACUCUGGCUUGUCAGCACUAGUUUACGCUGUUAAUUCAGGUAACAGGGAAAUCCUCAAGAUCCUCAUGGAUGCUUGUAAAGCCAAGGGAAAGGAAGUCAUCAUCAUCACCAUCAACAAGCAACCAUCUGGCCAUCAGACAACAAAGCAGUACCUAAAUGUGCCUCCACCCCUUGACCCUGAGGAGCAUCUGUAUUGCACGCCAACCUGCUCGUCUCCAUUUGACAUCCAGCGACGAGUUCCCCCACAGAGUUCCUCAGCAAGUGCCUCUCCAAAGCCUGGUAUUCCCCUUCUUGGCCUAAGAAAUACUAAGUUUCCUGGUUUAUGGGUUAGCUUCGAUACAUCUCAACCAGACUCACCUAUUAAACACCCGAGUCCAAUAAGUGUUCCCAACGUGGACAAGCGGCUUAAUCUCCAGAGAUUACACUCGUGGCAGUGGGUCAAAAGUCCACACCUGCUUCAUCAGAAGAGCCAGACUUCCUUGCUGACAGAGGAGCAAGUAGAAUCUCCACCGGAGGUCGUCUCACCUUUCAGAGGCGUCAACUUCCAUUGUCGGCCUCCAGCUGUUUCGCGCCACCAUAGCGUGGAGAUGAAAGAUGCGCCCCUGAAAGCACUGGACAUGCAGAAUGACAACAGAGGGCAAAGUGGAAGAGGCUUUGCUCGAAAGAUGUCAUUUGACAGUGCUGCAAGUGCACAGCAUUCCUCUUCUCACCCUAACUUGCAUCAAGAAAACAAUCUCCCGUUUCCCUACGAAUCCAGUCCUGCCGGUGGAGACACGUCGGACACUCUUCGACAGUUAAAUAUUUCCAGUCUUCGAAACGUUAUUCAUCGACGUAACAUUGGCGUCGAUCAUUACAGUUCAGACUCUCAGUUACCACAGUUUGGCAGCAAAGACAAAAGACCGACAAAAGGAUCAGACAGGCCCAAGCUGACAAACAGCAGGUCCUCCACUCUGUCGGGCUCCAGAGAUUCUCUAGAUAGUUCUAUCCAGAGACGAGAGACUGUUGGACUAGAACGAAGAGGCUCAGGGACCCUUCUCCAGGAUCAUAUCUCCUCCACUCGACCAGGAUAUCUCCCCCCUCUGAACCGGCAUGCCCCCAUUCCAGAUAUUGGGGUCAACGCCGUCACUCUGUGUCCACUGACUGCAAGUAGCAAAACACUCAAUAUUGUUUUUAAAGGGUCUAAGCCUGUUCUGCCCUGUGCACCUAUUCUCCCAAGAGACAUGAUAACCAGUAAAACGCUUUCGAGACGCCACUCCAUGCAGGGUGAGCAGAUUAAGCAGCUGUCCAACUUUGAAGAAAAGUUGGACCACUGAAGUCAUUUCUUUGUUUGUACAAUGGCUCUUAUUUUCCCCCUUUUCUCUCA